AUGGCUACCAUUCAUAAUGUUGUCAUUGCCGGAGCCACCGGAAACGUGGGUGCUCCCAUACUCAAGGCACUCCUGGACAGCAAGCGCUUCAACAUCACUAUUUUAACUCGCAACACGUCCGACACUCAGCUCCCGGACUCGGUCACCGUCAUCCGUGUGGAUUACUCCUCCGUGGCCGACCUCACAGCUGCACUGACUGGCCGGGAUGCCAUUGUCUCGGCUCUAACUAGCCACGAUAUGAACGCACAAGCCUCUCUUCUUGAUGCUGCUGUCGCAGCAGGUGUGAAGCGAUUCAUCCCUUCUGAAUUUUCUGGCAAUUGGGAAAAUCCAAAAGCGAUCACGUUGCCCGUUUACAAAACGCUUCAUGACUUCCACAAGCUCAUUCAGCAGAAGGCUCGCGAGAACCCGACCAUGACCUACACCGCCGUCCGCAAUGGUCCGUUCUUUGACUGGGCCCUCGCCCAUGGGUUCUUUUUGAACUUGAAGGGAGACACAAGCCGGAUAUUCGAUGGUGGCAACCAGCCCUUCACAGGCACGACCUUGGCUUCUGUUGGUCAGGCCGUUGUUGGGAUCUUGACUCACCCGGAAGAAACAAAGAACCGUGCCGUUUUCAUCAAGGAUGUUGAGACCUCCCAGAAUAGAUUGUUGGAUAUUGCCAAGAAAAUUGCGCCAGGGCGCGAAUGGAACACCGAGGACGUGAACACUGCUGACGUGGCAGCUUAUUCGCGCGAGCAAUUUGCUUCUGGAAACAUCGAUCAGCACGCCGCACUGGGGUUCUUUGCUCGGGCCAUCUUUGGAGAAGGAUACGGAGGAGCGCUAGAUGGACGGGACAACGAAUUACUUGGGGUCAAAGUCACGACUGAUGCAGGGGUAGAAGCGAUUCUGAAGGAAGUUCUCUCUGGUAGCUCCUAG